CUGACGCUCUGGAUGCUGCUCAAUAUAGAAAAGCAACCUGCCUGUUCGCCAAGGUAACGCUUCAAAGCAGAAGAAAUGUCUCGAAAUAGUGCAUCAGAAAUGCAAGAUGGAAUGUGUAUUGCCAGCCAAAUGACAAAAUGUGCGGACGCCGAUGCUUCUCCGCGCUCCGAUGGUUUCAUCUUCGGUCCACAAUGCCAUUUGCUUAACUGACAUACGAGGAUACAGACAUAAAUAGUCAUUGAUAAAGGAAAAUCAAGCGAAUCUACAAAUAUGAACGGCACGUUGCUUAAAAAGCGAAGGCUGGACUGUGUGUAUGCGGUGUUGUUGUGGCUCCAUAACGCUGUGUGGAUAUGCUCUUCAGCGUCCGAAGACCACCGUUUCAGCGUUGAGGUGUGGUUACAGAGGUAUGGCUACCUCCACCAGACACAACCUUACAUGGCCGUCCUGCGAUCAGCCCAAACCAUGCAUUCUGCUAUUGCUGCCAUGCAGCACAAGUAUGGACUAAACAUCACAGGGACUCUAGACAAGGAGACUAUAGACUGGAUGAAGAAACCCAGAUGUGGGGUACCAGACCUGCUUGGCGGCAUAUCUGGAUCCCGCAGGAAGAAGCGCUAUGCACUAACUGGACAGAAGUGGCAACGCACACACAUCACAUACAGCAUUAAAAAUGUCACUCCGAAAGUGGGAGCACGAGAAACGCAUGAGGCCAUUCGCCGGGCGUUUGACGUAUGGCAAGGUGUCACACCGCUACGUUUUGAGGCCGUGCCCUACAGCGCUCUGGAGAGCGGCAAACGUGACGUCGACAUCACCAUCAUCUUUGCCUCUGGUUUCCACGGUGAUAGCUCUCCUUUUGAUGGAGAAGGAGGCUUCCUGGCACACGCUUAUUUCCCAGGGCCGGGCAUAGGGGGCGACACUCACUUUGACUCAGAUGAACCCUGGACGCUGGGCAACCCAAACCAUGAUGGUAAUGACUUGUUCCUUGUGGCGGUCCAUGAGCUUGGUCAUGCUUUGGGACUUGAGCAUUCUAAUGACCCUACGGCUAUAAUGGCUCCAUUCUAUCAGUAUAUGGACACUGAUAGCUUCAAACUGCCUCAUGAUGAUCUACAGGGCAUCCAGAAAAUAUAUGGUCCUCCAGACAAAAAUCCUCAGCCUACAAGACUACUCACAACCGCUACGCCUCCUCGCUUGCACCUACCAACUGACCCUCGAAAGCAUGACCGACAGGGUCGCCCUCCUCGCCCUCCGCAGAAGUCAAAACCUGCCCAUCCCAACUCCAAACCCAACAUCUGUGACGGAGGUUUCAACACUUUGGCAAUCCUUCGACAGGAGCUGUUCGUCUUUAAGGAUCAGUGGUUCUGGAGGGUGCGAGAUAAUUCUGUGGUGCCUGGAUACCCGAUGCAAAUUAGCUACUUCUGGAGAGGUAUGCCUCCCAAGAUCGAUGCUGUCUACGAAAACAGCGAGGGGAAGUUUGUCUUCUUCAAAGGCAACCGGUUCUGGGUGUUUAAGGAUACAACCCUGCAGCCCACAUAUCCUCAGGACAUUUCUCUUUUUGGCAAUGGAAUGCCCACGCAGAGCAUUGAAACAGCUGUUUGGUGGGAAGAUGUGGCCAAAACCUACUUCUUCAAAGGGGACAGAUACUGGAGGUACAAUGAGGAUAUGAGAACCAUGGACCCCGGAUAUCCAAAACCUAUUACUGUGUGGAAAGGCAUCCCAGACUCUCCACAGGGAGCUUUUGUGGACAAAGAAAAGGGAUUCACAUACUUCUACAAGGGGAAGGAGUAUUGGAAGUUCAACAACCAGCGGCUGAGAGUGGAGACAGGCUACCCAAGGUCUAUCCUGCGUGAUUUUAUGGGCUGCGACAGCUUACCCACCGACCCUGACUGGGAUUGGAUCCCCCCACAGGAAGAGGAACCUCCACAAUAUGACAAUGAUGACGUUGAUAUCGUACUCAAGCUAGAGAGCAGCGGUGGAGCAGAGAAAGCGGUGGCCAUCGCCAUCCCCUGUGUCCUGGCUCUGUGCAUGAUGGUGCUGCUUUACACCGUGUUCCGCUUCAAGAGGAAGGAUACACAGCGCCACAUACUGUACUGCAAGCGAUCCAUGCAGGAGUGGGUCUAAGAUUUAAAGGUCCCACUCCUUCUGCUAAAACUAUUUCCAUCUUUAAAAUCCCGUCAAAUGUCAAAAAAUUGGCUUAUAUUGAGACACUGACUUUGUGUCAGUAUUUGUGGGCAGAAACGAAGGACGAUAUAAAUGAACAGCGUGCCAACUUCCUGUUCCCACUGUCAGCUUACGAAGAUGGCAAUGUGUUGUUUUUGUAUGGUUUUGGAACGCUGUGUGGCUUUGGGCGGCCAUUUUGGUUCCCAGAGUCAUAUGCGGGAGUAAACUGUUACUCUACAAACCAUAGUUACCAACUUUUCAAUUGAUUUGAGAAAUAUUUAUCAUCAGACUGCUGAACUAGAUACUCCAUAAGGUUUGAACUCACCUGUGUUACUUCGAAAUACUUGCUUGUGUUGAAAAACUGUAACCCAAACCAAAUAUGCCCUUAGUGUCCAAAGAGGAUUGCUUCAUUCUCAUGGGAUAUUCUGAGAUGACUGGCUUAUCGAUCAUUAUUUGAGUUCCAUUUGGCUGCAUUCAUCUGCAGAAUAUAUGGGAUCUGUCUGCUUGGAAAUCAGAUGGACCUUGACAUAUAACAUCGGGGCUACAUGCAAUAUUUCGUCAAAUGCCUUAAUCACAUAUUGAGUUAAUUUUUCUGUGUGUUAUUGUACAUGUGCCUGUGUGAAUGUCACCCCUUUCCAUUACUUCCUUUGCUUAUCACUGUUUUUUAUUUUUUUUGGCACACUACUGACUGACGGAAACUUGCAGUAAGAUUUAAAGUGCCACUGUCUGUUUAAAGGUUUAAUUUAAAAUGUGUGUGUGGCUGCUGUCCACGUUCUGUACUGCUGCGUUUUUUAAAGACUCCAAAGCUGCAGCACAGAAAAUUAGACUUUUGGUUAAGUGCUUCCAAUCAAAUCAUAGGGAAUUUAUUUAACGAAAGAUUGCCAUUAAGCAGAAAUACCUAAUGAAACUUCAGUAAGAAUCAAUAGAU